AUGAUCAUGGACGGCACCACACCUCAGACGGUCGCGCAAGCAGUGCAGCAGGCCACGCAACAAGCCCAACAGGCCGCUGCGCAGCCUUCGCCGCCCGUCCAGGCACCAGCAACUACGCAAAGCUCGACCAUCGACAACCUGACCUGCCAGUGGCAGGGCUGCGGCGAGCGAUGCGACAGCGCUGAAGCACUCUAUGACCACGUUUGCGAGCGUCAUGUCGGCCGCAAGAGCACAAACAACCUCAAUCUUACCUGCCAAUGGGGCGCAUGCAGAACCACCACCGUGAAGCGCGACCACAUCACGUCGCAUAUUCGUGUCCACGUACCACUCAAGCCUCAUAAGUGCGACUUCUGUGGUAAGGCCUUCAAGCGUCCGCAGGAUCUGAAGAAGCACGUCAAGACCCAUGCCGACGACAGCGUGCUUAUGAACUCGCCCCAACAUGGCAACGGUCGCGCGGCUGGCGCUGGCGGCAUGGGCGGUGCCAACGGAAAGCCAUCCUCAUACUACCCAGGUGGCCACGACUCGAUGAACAGCAACCCAUAUCCAUCUUACCAGCCCAGCAUACCCAACGGCGCAAAUAGUGGUUAUCAGGCUGCUGCCGGCAACCAGUAUGCCGGCUACGGAUCCGUCUCCUACCCAAACAGCUCCGCCAUCGCUGACAUCCAAAGCAUGGACACUCGCAGACGCGCAAUCGAGGCCCUGAACGACUUCCUUGGCGACAUCAAGCGUCGUGCCAUUGACCCACACAACUACUACGACGUUGGUCACAGACUUGGUCAGGGUAACUCCCUGCCUCUGCCCGUGGGUGGUGGAUACAAUACAGGAUACCAGAGCAGUGGCGGAUACAGCGGUGGUGGCGCAGGCUUCAACACUGCCAGUCUUCUUGAAUCUUUCAACAGCGCCGGCAUGGGUGGUGGAGGCCACGGUGGUGUCGCAUCCCAGGGCUACUCUCUGCCACUUCCCAACGCGCGAACGAAGAAUGACCUCCAGGACAUCGAUCGCUUCCUCGAGCAACUGCAAGCGACCGUCUACGAGACCAGCAAGGUCUACGAGAACGGCAACGCUGCGGCCGCUGCUGGCAUUCAGCAGCCAGGUGUGCACAGUCACUUUGCUGGUGACUUCAGCAUGGGCGGCAACCAUAGCCAAUACCGCUCCUCGAACAGCCCUCCCAACUUCCAACACCACCUUAGCAGCGGUGGCAUGGGCAGCGUCAGCGGCUCGAGCAUGGGUGGCGUCACCUCGUCUGCGUCCGCGCUGGACACACCUGCUCUCACUCCGGCUUCCGUCUCUUCCUACACAAGCUCAGGUCACUCUCCCAUGAGUAGUCACUCUGGCCGCGCAUCAUUCGGGAGCGUGAGCGGUAACAUGUACCCAAGUCUGCCUGCGGUCACUGGAAUGUCUGAUCUUGGCUCCGGCUACCCUACCACGACAUCAGCCCCUGCAUCUGGCCUUGCUUCCGGUUUCGAGGGUCUCGAUGGUCGCCGCUACAGUGGCGGCAGAUUACAGCGACAAGCGCCACAGAGUCAGUCUGAGGACACCGAGAUGGCUGAUGCGGAUGACGGCAGCCGCACACCAAAGGCUGCUUCGCCUGCUGAUGCGAAACGUCCAAAGAGUAAGGGCAACUCUAGCAUCGACCCUGCGCUGCGCGGCGAAGACGAGAAGUCGCCCUCAGACUCUGCAUCGACUCCUGCCGCCGCUUCCGAGGUUGAGGACAAGCGCCAAGAGGAGUGGGUCGAGAACAUAAGGUUGAUCGAGGCCCUUCGCAAAUGGGUCAGCCAACGUCUCGAGAAGGGCGAGUUUGAGCAAGGCGACUCCGCUGCGGGAGCAUCAGAUCAACAGCCCGCUGAGACGACUGACAUUGCGAGACUUGUUGCUGAAAAGAUCUCGGCGGAAAACGCAAAGUCAGCCUCGCCGACUCCAGCUGCUGAGAGCAGGUCAGAGGACGUCAAGUACCCUAGUCUACCGACUGCCUAG